UUUAAGAAUCCGCCGCCCUGCGCUCACUUGUUCUUAGCAUUGGCGGCGUGUGUGACUUCUGCUACCUCAUAUUUUUAUCCUGUUUUGAGGCUAAAUACUCACAGCAAACAUGUCUUACGCACCGAAGUCCAAAGUGCAGAAGGUUAUGGUCCUGCCCAUUAACCUAAUUUUCAGGUACCUUCAGUCCCGAGCAAGAGUUCAGAUCUGGUUGUAUGAGAACCAGAAUCUUCGCAUUGAAGGUCACAUCAUUGGCUUUGAUGAAUACAUGAAUGUGAUGCUUGACCAAGCAGAGGAAGUCCAGAUGAAGAAGGGCACCAGAAAGACGAUAGGUCGCAUCCUUCUGAAGGGAGAUAACAUCACUCUAAUUCAAAACACUCAACCAGAUGGCACGGACAUGUAGUUAGAUGGAGCCUCAAGGAUUUUCUACAGUGGUGUAAUUUUAAGGAACUUUCUAGAUGUCUUUAUCUUGAAUUUUACCAUAAGAGCUCAGCUUCCUUAGUGAAGGAAACAAAAAAUGUAAUAAGCAAUGUCAGUACAUCGUUCAGGAACUUUUAUCAGUAUUUUAUUUCUUUGAUGGUUUUAUGAACUAUUUUUGUAUUAUCAUUAUUAUAUUUAUUAAUACAUUGUUAUAUUUAUCAUUAUUGUUAUUGCUAUUAUUAUUAUUAUUAUUAUUAUUAUUAUUAUUAUUAUUAUUAUUAUUUUAUUUAUUUAUUUAUUUAUUCAUUUAUUUGCUUAUUUACUUAUUUAUUUAUUUAUUCAUUUUUUCUUUUCUUUUUUAUUAAUACAGAAUGAUUGAAUACUUGAUUUUUCAGACCUGUCAUAUUCGAAAGUGAUAAACAUUACCUUCUCUAUGUUAGCUCAGUAACAAUUGGAGUGUUUUGUAAUAAAAUUAUUAUAUAACUACAAUAAUUUUCACUUAAAAUGCCAUAUGAUACAGUUUAUUAUUUCAUGACAUUUUUACCUGUACAACAUUACAGUGAACAAAAUGCCAGUUUUCAUAUUUAGCUUGAUUGUUAAUUACUAUGUGAUUGUGUAAGAUUAGUAAAAUGUACAGUUGAAGACAAAAGUAAUAUAAAAAAUUUUGGCAUUUGAUAAAGAGCUAACCUUACUGUACUAUCUGCCAUAUGUUACAGGAACAGUUGGUAGCACUGCCAUAGGGGCUUCGAUACUUGCAUCAUAAUAAUUCAGCUCCUCACAAGUGUUGUGUUCUGUGAUAUGUGCAAUGUCUUAAAUCACUCAUCUUUUUUUAGGCAAUGUCUGAAGCAUACUUGAUGCUCAAUAUAUUUGCUUGUAAGGCUUUCCCAUAUGAUAGACAACACUAGAGAUGUUUGAAUCAUAAUCCUAGGAUACAAACUGGAGAAGUACCUUCCUUCAUUGUAGCAAGAAACAAAUAUUCUUUUGGUUUGUUUUAGUCAUUGUCUCAUCAGUGCCAAAUAUGAAACUGAACCCGAUAUUUGUACAGUAACUUAAGGGACUCAGGUUUGGUGACUGCUAGCAUUUAACUGUUCAGGUUUUCAAAAUGCUUUAUGAGUUAUAUUUCAUAUUUGGACAAAACCUUGACAUGACUUUUUGUCCUUGUACAUUCAGAUUUAAACUUUGUUGAAAGAAGAGAAGUGGAGGAAAUGAACUGGUGAACUCCUCAGAUAAGUUAAUGAAAAACUGUGUGGCUGAAAGGAACAAGUAAAGACUGUACUGUAAAUUCUGAAGAGAAUAUCAAAGACAAUACUGUAAAUGGUUGGCAUAAAGAUGUUACUGUAAAAGAUUCUUUUGGCUGAAGGGAAGGACUAAGGUUCUUGCUGUAACUGCUAUUCUUCUGUGUUAUUCGUGGAUACCCCUUGUCCUUUUAUAGUAAGGUGUAGUUCAUUGGUAUCAUCAUUGCCAUCAUCCUGUAAUGUCCUAAUUAUCCCUUAUGGGUUGGAUGGCUUAUGAGUACAAGUCUCUUCCAGUUUUUGUGGUUUUAACAAUCUGUUCCCUGAUGUUUAUUCUCAUGUCUUUCACCACCCACUGCCUUCAGGUCUUUUUUACUCUUUCUUGGUAUGUAUGUUACAUGACAAUAGAUAAUGAGAAAAGUCUUUUGGUUUGCUUCUAGGAAGUUUGUUAAAACUCCACUUAGUCUUUUGUACUUACUAUUUUAUCUUUUUAUUGCUGUGAUCAUCCUUUGUUAAGUGUUAGUGUUGCUGUAGCCUUCAGCAUAACUGGAAUACAUGACUUUUCUUAUGCAUUGCUUUGAUCUAUCAUUAGGAUUAUUUUCAAAGUCACAGAGUGACUAGUAGGGUUUACAUGGGCAUUUUUGUCAUGGAUAUUGCAGAAUCUUCAUUAGAAAUGGAACCAUACAAACACUUGUAAACCUCAAUAACAUUGCCAUAGUCUGUUGAUUAAUGAAUAGUCAAGAUAAAGCACCAAAAUGUUUAAGAAUAUAAUUAUUGUUUGACCUUAUCUAUUACUAUUACUUUUUAGUUCUCCUACCUUCCAUACAUACCGCAUCUUGCAACAAUAUACAGUACACUUGCACUGAUUUCAACAAACUGUCACACCACAUGCACCAUGCGAGUAACUCAUCUGUAUCAUUCUUACGUAAUUGAUAAUUGUGUCAUCUCACAGCGGAUUCUUCAUCUCUGCAUUCUGACUUUCCUUUCAUCACGUAACUGGAAUGCUGGCUUUCAGCUUCUUGGGAGAGUAGCUUCAGCUGGUGUUAUGGUAAUUGUAUAUAGUAUUUUUUUACAUAAAAAAAAAAGAAUUUUGUCACUUGCCAUUCCCUAUAGAGUUCUGGGAAUGGGUCUCUUCCUUGACAAAUGAACACGGCUUACACACACACACACACACACACACACACACACACACAAACAUUUCUGCAGAAUUAUUAUCCUGUUUCUAUACGGGGUCGCUGUUUCUGAUGAGUCUCCAUCUAACCUUGUCCUCAGUCACUUCAAAGUCCAUGUUCUCCCUGCUGUCUGUCACAAUACAGUCCUUCCAUCUCGUCCUAGGUCUUCCUCAUGCCGCCCACUUCCCUGUCCAUUAUCUGCCUUUCACAACUCACUUCCUCUCCUCAUAACAUGACCAAACCGCUUCUUACUCACACUUGUUACCUUAACUGUACUUCUAAUGACUUUAUUCUCUAAAUGUUGGUAUCUGAACGCAUGAGUUGCCCAAACGUUUUCAUACAUACUAGACAAGACAAGCAAGGGGUGGAGGCCUGUACGUCUGUUAAACCUCGUACCAAUUUUAUUUGUAAGUUCAGAGGAAUCAAAGUAAUGUAUUUUUGGUAAACCAGAGUGACCACCAAAAUAAGUUGUAAUCUUCAGUCUUGCCAAUAAGUAAUUAUCAAAUCUUUGAUGGCCCUCGAGACCAUAACCAAGUGCAUAAUUGGCCUUCGAAAGGAUUUGAGUUUGACACCCCUGCUCUAGACCAUAGAUCGUAGCUGUACUAUAAACUAUUCUAUAAACUUUCCCUUUUAGCUUCAUUGGCAUUCUUUUGUCACAGAGGACUCCUGACACAUCAACGUCGAUUUUUUCAUCUCGCCUGCAUCCUCUUGGUAACUACCUCGUCUUCGUUUCCAUCUGCCGCAACAACUGAACCUAGAUAUCUGAAGUCGCUCUUGCUGUUUAGAGACUGACCAUCUAGGGUCAUGCUCCUCGUGUCUCUGUUCCUGCCUUGAUCCAGGUCUGUCAUCAUCAUAUAUUCCAUCUUAUUUCUACUUACUCGCAUUCCCCUCCUUUACAGUGCUGUAUGCCACUCCUCUCGAUUUGAUUCACCAACUAUACAUCAUCCGCAUACAUAAUGUCCCAUGGCACUCCUCUUAUUACCUCUUCCAUCAACACAUCAAACACAACAUUAAAGAGAAGGCUGAGAGCUGAGCCGUAAUGCAGCCCAACCCGCAAAUCAAAACACUAAGUCAUGCCUGCUACAGUUUUAACCCACGUUUUCACAUUGCUGUACAUCUCCAUAAUCAGCGUUACAUCUCUGGCACCAUUUUCUUUCUCAAGCAUCUCCAUACUUCUUGCUUCGGGAUUUUAUUAUAUACUACCCCUAAAUCUAUGAAUAUUGCAUGAAGCAUGCUCUGCUUCUCCCUGUAUUUUUCCACAAUCUGUCUUAGUUAAAAAAUUGCACUAUUGGUUCCCUUUUUGGGCAUAAAUCCAAACUGACCUCUCGAUAUCCCCACCUCAUGUGUCAGCCUCGCAUCCAUAAUCCUCUCCCAGAUCCUCAUUGUGUGGGGCAGAAGCUUUAUUCCUCGAUAAUUUGCACAGAUCUGCACAUUCCCUUUUUCCUAGAAAAUUGGGACCGUGACGCUCUCUCGCCACUCCUCUGAUAUAGCUUCCUGAUCUUCAAUCUUCCUCAUUAAUCCCUACAAAAUAUGAACUUCCUUUCCUAAAGUCAUCCGUGCCUCCACGGGGCCUUGUUCUUCAUUUUCUUCAUAGCCUUCUCAACUUCCACUCUCUCCACCAGCUCCGUUGGUCCUACACACGGAGUUUCAUCUUCAAAGUAUUCCCGAUGAUUUUCCUCGUUCAGCAAACCUGUAUAAUACUCCUUCCACCUUUCGCGCACUUAUUCCUCUUUACUUAGUACACGCCCUUCAGCAUCUUUUAUUUGCGUCAUGUGUUGAAUAUCCUUUGUUGCAUUGUUCCUACUUUUUGCCAGCCAAUAUAUUUUCUUCUGUCCUUGAGGUGUUUCCAAUUCUUCGUACGUUUUCACAAGCUUUCGCUUCCGCCACUGCUAUUUUCCUUGGCGCCUUCUUCACUCGCAGGUACUCUUCUUUAUCCACUUGAUUCCUUGUCUGUUCUCACUUCUGCUUCGCCUCCUUUACUCUCAGCUUGUCUUGCACGCCCUAUUUCCACCGCCAUCCCUGCUGCACACUACGUGGUGUACAUGAUGUUUGUCCCAACACUUCCCGGGCUGUACUCACUAUUUCCGCAUUCCUCUCCCACCAUCUGUUAACAUACUGUAUAUCACCGUCCAUCCUUUCUAGGACUUUUGUUUUGAAUUCUGAUCUUUUUGUCUCUUCCUUCAGCUGUGACCACUUUAUUCUCUUCUCAUAUCUUUUCCUCGGCCUUGGCAUGGUUAACUGCAGACUCGGCAGCACCAGUCUAUGUCGUGGUGCAACGUGAUCGCCGGACAUUACUCUGUAGUCUUCACUUAUGUUUGAUCUCCUAUACAUUGCUUCCACUCUUAUAGGUGAUGGUAUGCUCUUCCUUUUGGAGGAAAAUGUGCUACACUACUAAACCUGGUCUAUUCCACUAAUUCCUUGGCAUAACCAUCGGUAGUAUCUUCACAUUCAACAACGUAGUGAGCUGUGCUGCGUACAAACUUCACAGGUGCGGGGCCACAAAUCCCGCGGUGUUCCUCGAACUGGCAACUGUUUAUAAGAUGUUCAUUCUGCCAGAAUUGAUGUAUGCUUCCCCAGCCUCUGGUCUUGUCUCACCACUGCUGCUCCGUCGCCUUGAGAUAAUACAAGAGGGCCGUCAAGAUCAUUCUUGAUCAUGUACACCGCCCUCCACCUCACAUACCUUACUCACUAGUAAAAUGUACACCACCAGUCUUAAGCAGUUUGGACUGAAAAUACUGAAGAACCCCACCACCGCAAUCUGCCAUCCCCACACGCACCGCCGCCGUGACGAGUGCUACGUAGCAGUAACAAACUAACAAGGACUUAUAUUAAUAUUAACUUGUUGAAAGAUGUCUUUUUAUCUAUGUAUUUGUUUUUCUUUUAAAAUUAAUUUUAUCAUUGUCAGAUCUGGUGUUAGUUUGUUUUAAUGUAUUAUACGUAUAUAGAAUAUUUUCAUCUUUUGGCUGCAUUCAUGUUAAUUUGCAUUGAUAAACAGUUAAUUAUUGAAAUUCUUCUUCUUCUUCUUCUUAUUAUUAUUAAUGUUGUUGUUGUUGUUGUUGUUGUUGUUGUUGUUGUUGUUGCUGUUGUUCAGUAAGAGCGUAAUAAUGAUUUUAUAAAAAACCCGUAUCGAUGCAGCAAACUAUCUUGGAUAAUCUAUUAUUAUUAUUAUUAUUAUUAUUAUUACUAUUAUUAUUAUUAUUAUUAUUAUUAUUAUUAUUAUUAUUAUUAUAUUUUCUAUCACUUAAAUUUUCUAUUUAGCUUUAUAUAAUUUAUAACGCUUAAUUAAAAUUAACCAAAUUGUACACAAUACCAUACAAUAUCAUGUUUGCUUUCUCAUUUAUUAAUUUAAUUGUAUUUUUUAUAUGAUAGACGAGUACAUUUAAUUGAUAAUUUUCCGAUCUCUCUCUCUCUCUCUCUCUCUCUCAGACACACACACACACACACAAGGUCGUUAAGAUAAUUACGAUGUAGUUGAAUGAGAGUUGAAGCCAGUGAAUGAUCGUUCUGAAACUCUGAAUUCACGAAGCGUGGUACUUCAGGCGAUGUUAGUUGGAGCCCUGUAAGCGUGGACUGGUGGCAUUCCUUCUUCGUUUCGCACCCAGAUCAUAGUGCUGUGACUCAUUGGCAAUGUAAAUGUUUAUGGUUUUUUUGCCAAACAUUUAAUGUGACCAUGGUCGGCUGCGCAGAGGGAAGCCAGCCAGCCAGCCACUACACAGAGGAGUACGUGGUGAGACAACCCGUGACGGCAACGGCGACGACUACACUUACUUUGACUCUGAUCCUCCGGCAGAUUAUCCGGAUCUCGUACUACUAAUGCAACCAAUUAUUAUAUUUUAUUUAAUAAUUAGUAGUACGUUAACUGUUGUGUGCAAUAAAUAAGUAAGACUCGAGGAUUGGCAGUGUUGUCGGUUAAUGAGCAGCGAUGUUUAGAAGUCCUAGACUCCCCACUUUUUUUUUAUUUUAAAUCCUUGACCCAAAAAAAAAACAACUUUGUUCUACCGGAGAGUCUUCGGAUUAUCUUUACCAGAAAACAUAAAAAUUAGUGUUACUGUGAAACGUAAAGAGACUACAUUUUUUCUUGAACAGGAAGGGAAUGAGCGCAAGGGCUAAAAUAAUUUUGAGCAGGAUUAAAAAAAAAAAAAACGGAAUAUAGAUCGAUGGAUAUGGAUUGAACAAAAAAAAAAAAAAAAAAAAAAUUCCACUUGGAGGGAACAAAGUUUUUAUUUCCACUUCAAUGGUACAUAAGGCAGGAAAGCCGCGACUUGUUUGCUUGCUAAGUCUUUCUCGCUUCCGAAGCGUCUGUGUACCUACCACUCGAGAGCCGUGUCUCACCAUGCCCAGCACCGUCGACAAAAAAAAUAAAUUUUUAACUGUUUAGCAGCA